UUAUUAUUAUUAUUAUUAUUAUUAUUAUUAUUAUUAUUAUUAUAGUUUUUGGGCUAAAUGAUUUGUUAUCUGCUUUUUAAUCACCAGAGGUGAAGCCUUGGCUCAAAUUUCAAAAUCAUGUUCGCUUUGCUUGUAUCCGCAUGCCGCUGCAUUCCUAUCGGUCACUCUCAAGAACGACAAGCAGUUGUGGCUCUAAAGAAAGGGAGCGUGACACGUCACGUAAGGAGUGUUUGGUUAAGGUGUAAACAUUCUACAAGUCCAUUCGGUUUAGCAUUGCACACUAAAAGCAGGGUUUGCGUCCUUGUGGAAUUGUUCAUCUAAGAUCCUGAUGUGAUCCAAGCUCAUGCCAUGAAGACAGACAUUUCUUUUUGGUCCCGUGCCUCAGGCGUCGCCGCUUCUUCGCUGUCCUUGAUUCUUCUCGUUUGGAAUGUGGCAGCAAAUGUCUGGGCUGUCGUAUCCUUUCACCAAGAGCAGAAAUACUUCUCCAUGGGAUUGUUUUUAUUUUUAAUACUCAGUUCCUCGAUGCUGCUGCAGGCCUUCAGCUGGCUCUGGUACACGGAAUCCUCUGAAAAAAUGGACAGCGAUAAUGAAGUGAAGCUUAUCAAUGUGCUACAUGUCUUGCAGCUUGGAGUCUUCUACAGAUGUUUCCGUAUGUUGGAACUCUCAGUCAUAAGCUUUAAACAGAAGGACGCUUUCCCAUCCGGCGAUGCCGAGACUCUAAGUUACGAUCUCAGCACUCUCGGCCUGUUCAAAGCGUUCUCCGAAAGCGCUCCACAGAUCGUACUAAUGAUGACCAACAUCAUCCAGGUACAGGACCUUCAGCUCUUUACAGUCAUCAAAAUCAUCAGCUCUCUUUCCUCCCUCUCUUUCACCGUGUUGUCCUACCACCGCAGCAUGUGUACGUUCCUCGCUGACAAAUGUAAGAUGGGAUGGUCUUCUUCUGUCCUCUACUUCCUGUGGAACUUGUGCCUGAUUGGCCCGCGUGUAGUGAGCGUGUCGCUCUUCGCAUCAGAACUGCCCUGCUACAUCGCCGCUCACUUCCUGUCCCUGUGGACGUUGCUGGUCCUCUGGGCCUGGUGGCAGAAGACAGACUUCAUGGAGAGUAAAGCUGGAGAAUGGCUGUACCGAGCCACUGUAGGCAUCAUCUGGUACUUCAGCUGGUUUAAUGUUGUGAGUAGAAGCAACAGACACAAAGCAGUCAUCUAUCACGUGGUCAUGGGGAUGGACACCAUGCUGCUGUUAGGAUUAUGGUGGUGGAAGAGAUCUGUGGAAUCGGCUCGUCUUUGUCCACUACCUAUUAAUCCGUACCUGAUAAUCGCCUUGUUAGUGACCAUCUACGUUAUAGGAGUCCUACUGAAACUGGUUUAUUACUGGAAAUUUCAUCCUAAACAUGCAGAUUUUCACAUAAAUAAGAAAGAUAAGAUGUUACAGGAGCAGUGUUAUGAAACGGUGGACACAAGAGAAGAGAAGCCUGAUAACGAACCCGGAUUAAUCCUCACGACUGCACCGCUGAGUCAAAGAACCGCAACUGGCAUCCAGAAGAGGAUGAGAAACAUGGCUGAGAAUUUCUACUGCUAGAAACCCGACUGAGAAAUGACCUGAGGAACUCAAAGCACAUCACAACUAUCUGCUAAUGUACACAUGAUGUACUAUAGAUGUAGCUCCAGGGUCCUCUUUUCAAUCCUGGGCUUGGGGUCCACUCUGUGUGAAGCUUCACAUGUUCUCCAUCAGUGUUUCCUCAGUGUUUGCUGGUUGUAUCCCAUCCACCAGGAACUGGCUUGGAGUUUUACUUAGAUUGAAUCCAAGUUCCAGGAAGUGUGUGGAAGUGAAGUCAGACUGUCUCAACGACUGUCUCAGCAGGUCAUCACACACAUGACACCUUAAGAGUCUCAUGUCCUAAUUGUGAAACAUCACGCCGCUCAGCUCUGACCACAGAGCCACUUAGAGCUCAGAUGAUCUGCUUAUUUAUGUGGAACUCUAAUAAUAAUAAUAUUAAGAAUGAAUUUUUUUAUAACAGUUUAUAAUAUUUAUGUUUCUGUUUCU